UUCACGGAAGGCAGAGGGCGCCGUGCUUUGUGUGCGGUGACACGGGCCAUCUGGGAGCGCAGUAUUCGAAGCGGGUGGUGCCAUCGGCAGUUGCUGCGCCCGCCCCGAGGGCGACGCAGAGUGUCAGCAGCGCAGAAUUCGCGGAGUUUCAGGCAUGGAAGAUGUCUGCGCAGGCUGCGACGGCAGUUGGGGCGAGCGAUGAGGAGGAAGAAGGGUCGGAGUGGGACGACCAAGAAUACGAGUUAGGGGCGGUGGCGCUCCCGCUCGGUACGCCUGGGGUGGUCAUGGCAGCGGCGGGCACGAAGGAAGGAGCGCACAAAGCUAGGGCAACCAGGGCCGCCAGGGCUCGGGGACCGGCCAAGGAGGGGCCUGGGGGGGAGGAAACAAAGGGUGCGGCGGGCUCAGCGGUGGGGACGGCGCAGAUCGCAGGACCGGUGAACAUAGCUGCGGCGGAGGCGCUAAAAGCGAGGCGAGACAAGGCAGCGGCAAAGGAGCGCCUGGUCAAGCUCCCGGAUCACGGCCGUCAAGUGGCACCGCAGGGGCUUAACCGGCUGCCCAAGGGUUUUAAGGUGAAGGAAGCAGGCCCAGCCGGCAAUGCCCCCCACGGUCAGCGCGCAGCAGCAGCGGAGGGGGUAAUGCCUAACACCACGCGCCGUGCUGUCACAGGCGCCACAAACCAGGUAGGACAGGCCGCGAGCAGGUGUGAGCAGCCUGGGUUGGUUGGUCACGGCUCCCUUGUCUCGGGCGAGGUGCGUCUGCCGGUGGCCCUGUUCCUGGACCUGGCUGAGAAAGCGGGCCUGGACCUGGCGACGGUUGCGUCCCUUACUCGGGAUGGCCAGGUGCUGGGGGGCGAGCUGCCGGCCAGGGUGAGGGCAGGAAGGGCCCUGUCCCCAAUCGCGCUAAAGGCGCGCAGGGCCAGGGAAGAACGUGCUGCGGAGGAGACUGGGGAGAGGCACGAAGCGAUGGUGGGGCCCGUCGCGCAGCCGGCGUUGGCGGGCAGCGCAGCACGAGCAGAGAAAGGGCGCGAGCAGGAGGACCAAGCGCGGGAAGUCGCGUUUGCGGACGCAAUCGCGUGGGCAGACGCUGCGGAGGCUGAGGAGCAGCCAGAGAGCUCGGCCAUGGGGGCCGCCCGUAUGCGCAGGCGCGCUGGGGGAGAGCGCCAAGGGGCUGAUGCAGAUGCGGAGCUGGCGCGCGCCAUGGCGGAGGAGGAGGAGGAAGGCGCAAGGGCAGCCUACCGGGCGCGCGCAGCCGCGGUGGACGAGGAUGCGCGGGUAGCCAGGGAGCUGGUGGCGCAGGAGGCGCGCAAGCGGGGGGUGGACCAGGCAGCAGCGAUGCGGGCGCAGGACCCGCAAGGCGCAACGGGUGGUGCGGCUGCAGGCGCCCCAGCAGCGGGGGCACCCAAGGGGAAGGGGAAGGUACAGCAAGGGGAUCCCCCUUUGGUGCAGGUCCUGGCCUGGGAAAAGAAGUUAAGCACAGGGGCAUGGAGGGGCGCGGCCCAGCUGGCAGAGGUGGUGGUGACACCCAAGGAGGAUGUGGUGGUGGCAGCCGCAACCCGGGCCCAGGCAAUGGCCUGUUUCGCGGAGGGCAGGCCCCUCGUCAGCCCCUCAGAGCGCGAGCACGUGGAGGGGGUUCCGGACUGGGUAGAUAACGCCACCAAGGUAGUGAAAGUGAUGACCACUAAGGGUUGGUGGGCCCCAGAUCGGGUGUUGCUGGACGGAGGGAGUUUUUACUCCAUGGCGGGGGCGCGGCUGAAGGCUCGGCUGGGGCUAACGGAGGCGGACAUGGACACGGGUGGGCACCGGGUCCAAACAGCAAUGGGCAAAGUGGAGGUGCUGCCGGGGGGUCUGACAAAGGAGCCAGUCCCAAUAGUCUUAAACCCAGGUACUGCGGAAGAGUUGUGCUUGUUGGAAAAGCUAGCUUUCACCGGCUCAACGGGGUAUGACCUGCUGAUUGGCACGAGGGCUGCCUAUCCAGCAGGUCUCUCAGUUGACCGGUGGACUGAGGAGGGAGUGUACCGGGUGAAUUGGCGGACGGAGGGGGACAAGGAAGGGGGAGUGACCCGGUCAGAAGGGGAGGGGGCGGCAAAGGAGACGCUGUCACCAGUGGAGCGAGUGGGGAGGCGCCUCGCUACAAGGUGGCCUAGGGGGCCACAGAUUGAUAUUGCAGCAGAAGCUAAGCGCGCUGUGAGCGCCGCAGUGGGCACGCAGCGGAGAAAGCCGGGUAAACCUCCGCAAGGGGCCAUUCCCCAGCUGGCAGGGUGUAAACCGUUGGACCAGCGCCUGGUGCCGGCGCUACCUGGCGACCGGCCGCUACGGGUGCUGGAACUGUUUGCAGGGGUGGGGUCUGCCACACAGGCGCUGGCGCGGUUGGGGUACGAACUGGGGGAGUUUAUUGCGUGCGAAGCGAGGGGGGCAGCCAGGGUGGUGCACGCUCACGCGUUAAGCGAGCUGGCGCGGGAGUUUCCCCAGACCGUUCGGGGCAGGGCGGGGGCCCAGCUGCAUCACCGCUUCCCUCAGGACAUCCGGCUGAUCACGAGCCAAGCCCUUCGGGAGUUGGGACCCAUUGACUUGGUGGUGGCCGGGUAG